AUGAAACCAUUCACAACUCCCUAUGCGUUUCUCACCAAGCGGCUAAGAGGUCGAGGGGCUAGAUCAGCAUGGAUCGAGUACCUAAUUACAGUUACAUGUGGCAUUGGGAACAUGCUCUUCGGCUAUGAUCAAGGUGUCAUGGGUAGUCUUCUCACGGGCCCAUCAUUCGAAGCGACAUUCCCUUCCAUCUCGCAUGGCAACUCUACCCUCCAAGGUUUCGCGGUGGCGGUCUAUGAACUAGGAUGUGCAGCCGGCGCUUUGACUGUCAUAUUCAGUGGUGACAAAUUCGGCCGAAGGCUGACCGUCAUGGUGGGAGAGCUGAUUAUCAUCUUCGGUGCCAUCCUUCAGGCUUCCUCUUUCAGUUUGGCCCAAUUGAUAGUAGGCCGUAUUGUCGCCGGGUUUGGAAAUGGUAUGGCAGCUGCUAUUCUGCCAACUUGGAAUGGCGAGUGCUCUCGUUCUAAGAACAGAGGUCGAGCCGUCAUGUGGCAACUUAACAUCAACCUGUUCGGGAUUGCCCUAGCAUACUGGGUCGACUAUGGCCUGGCAGCCUCCUCUCUUACCAGUAAUAAUGGUUGGGCAUGGAGGCUGCCACUGGGGCUGCAGUCUGCUUUCUCGGCUGUGACAAUCGUUCUGGCACUCUUUCUUCCCGAAUCCCCGCGGGUUCUGAUGCGCAACGGAAAAGUUGAUGAGGCACGCGACGUUGUUGAUAUGUUGUCGUUAGAAGAAGACCCUGCUACACGCGCUUCUGAAGUUUGCACAAUCGUGUUAUUGAUUGAGAACGCACUCCAAGAAGAUUCCCAAAGUGAUUCCCAUUGGCAGGCUAUCUUCACCCAGGGAAGGCCCCGAUUUUUCCAGCGUCUCAUCUUAUCUGCGUUUGUGAUGUGCAUGUACCAGCUUACUGGCGUCAAUCUUAUCACAUAUUAUGUCCCCGUUAUUUUCCAGAAUACACUGAAGUUCUCCAGGCAUCUCAGUUUGCUGAUGUCCGGCUUUGUCGGCUUGGAGUUUUGGAUUGCGAGCUUCAUUCCAAUACCCCUCAUCGACAGACUUGGGCGUCGGCCCUUACUGCUUUUCGGGGCGGUCGGGCAGUGUGUCAGCAUGGCUGUUCUCGCCGCCACAGUUGCGUAUCCAGGCAAUAAAGCAUGCGGAUACGUGUCCGUAGUUUGUGUUUUCAUCUUCAACACUGUCUGUGCCAUCGGUACCAACGGGCUGGCCUUCUUGCUACCCGUCGAGUUGACUCCGCUGCAAACGCGUGGAACAUCCGUCGCCAUCUCCACCGGCUUUUUCUGGCUCUGCAAUUUCUUUGUUGUUAUGAUAUCUCCAGUGCUCAUCUCUCGCAUUCAGUAUGGUACUUACAUCCUGUGGGCAUGUACGAACUUGUCUUUUAUCCCAGUGACAUACUUUUUCAUUCCGGAAACCUGCAAGGCGUCUCUUGAAGAUAUUGAUGUCUUGUUCGAGAACAAUCCUAAAUGGCUUAUUGGCCCACAGUCCAAGAAGAAGAUGGCCAAAAUCACCGAAGAUGCUUCGGCGCUUACUGACGCUGUUCUACAUGGAAGGAAGGAAAGUGCUCCUACAGUCGACAUGGUUGAAAAUGCAUCUUCCAUAUAA